AGGGAAGGGGGAGGGAACUAGUGGAGGGGGAGGUUAGCCGAGGCAGCUACGGCGGCGGCGGCGCAGGGGCUGGUACGCGCUGGGCUGCGAGAGCCUCAUGGCGGAGGAAGAGAGCGACCAAGAGGCCGAGCGCCUCGGAGAAGAGCUCGUGGCCAUUGUGGAGUCCCCCCCCGGCCCUGUAGGGGUCGGGGCUUCGGGCGACUGCAGAGGUGGCGCUGGCGGCGGCGGCGGCGGCGACGACGGAGCCGGGAUCAGCAGUCGGGAUUACUGCCGGCGCUUCUGUCAGGUGGUUGAAGAUUACGCCGGAAGAUGGCAGGUCCCUUUGCCACAGCUUCAGGUUCUCCAGACUGCACUUUGUUGCUUUACAUCAGCCAGUGCGUCAUUCCCAGAUGAAUGUGAGCACGUACAGUAUGUUUUGAGUAGUCUUGCUGUGAGUUUCUUUGAGUUGCUGCUGUUUUUUGGAAGAGAUGAGUUUUAUGAAGAGCCAUUAAAGGAUAUUCUCGGAUCAUUCCAGGAAUGCCAGAAUCACCUCCGCAGAUAUGGAAAUGUGAAUCUGGAACUGGUGACUCGAAUCAUUAGAGAUGGUGGCCCAUGGGAAGAUCCAGUGUUGCAAGCUGUUCUUAAAGCCCAGCCAGCAUCUCAGGAGAUAGUGAACAAAUACUUAAGUUCUGAAAAUCCACUGUUCUUUGAACUGCGUGCCAGAUACCUAAUUGCUUGUGAACGCAUACCUGAGGCAAUGGCUCUUAUUAAAUCCUGUAUCAAUCACCCAGAAAUCAGUAAAGACUUGUACUUCCAUCAAGCACUUUUCACAUGUCUGUUUAUGUUACCUGUAGAAGAGCAACUAUUCCGGCAGCAUUUAUUGAAAACUGAUUGUAAGAGUGGAAUUGAUAUCAUCUGUAACACUGAAAAAGAAGGCAAGACUGUAUUAGCUUUGCAGCUUUGUGAAUCCUUUCUUAUUUCACAGCUCCAGAAUGGGGAUAUGUACUGUAUUUGGGAGUUGAUUUUCAUAUGGAGUAAACUACAGCUUAAAUCUAAUCCUUCAAAACAAGUUUUUGUAGAUCAAUGCUACCAGCUUUUAAGAACAGCAACUAAUGUGAGAGUCAUAUUUCCUUUCAUGAAAAUCAUUAAAGACGAGGUUGAAGAAGAAGGUUUGCAAAUUUGUGUUGAAAUAUGUGGUUGUGCUCUACAACUUGACCUUAAUGAUGAUCCGAAAACUAAAUGUCUAAUUUAUAAAACAAUUGCACAUUUUUUGCCAAAUGAUUUGGAAAUCCUCAGGAUUUGUGCACUCUCAAUAUUUUUUCUUGAGCGCUCCUUAGAAGCUUAUCGUACUGUUGAAGAGCUUUAUAAACGUCCAGAUGAAGAAUACAAUGAAGGCACAAGUAGUGUUCAAAAUCGUGUUCGUUUUGAAUUACUUCCAAUUUUGAAAAAGGGAUUGUUUUUUGAUCCUGAAUUUUGGAACUUUGUAAUGAUUAAGAAAAACUGUGUUGCAUUACUGAGUGACAAAUCAGCAGUUAGAUUUCUAAAUGAAAGUACACUGGAAAAUUCUACAGAUAAUCUAAAAAAGACAGCGGGACAGCAAAAUUUAGCUGACGAGCUCGAAUGUCUUACAGAUCAGAGCACUGCAGAGUACGAUCCUGAUGAUAUAUCUGUAAUGCAACCUAAAGGUCUUGUUAAUACAAAGAAAAACCUUGCAGCUCUUAAUACUUCCAAAGUAGAUCACAAUGUCCCAAGGCAUCGUUGCAUGUUAUGUAAUAAGGAAUUUCUUGGUGGUCACAUUGUAAGACAUGCCCAAGCUCAUCAGAAGAAAGGCAGUUUUUCAUGUGUAAUAUGUGGUAGGAAAUUUAGAAACCGAGGACUUAUGCAGAAACAUUUAAAGAAUCAUGUUAAGAAGAUACAAAGACAGCAAAUUGCAGCUCAACAGGAUGAUCAGGAAAUCACUGUUUUGGAAGAAAUAAAUUGUUCCAGUUCCUCCAUUCAGUUUGAAAAUGGGAAUUCCAAUAACGAUUUGGAAGUAGAGACUCUGACUGCUUCCACUGAUAGAAACAAAGAACUCACACCUGAGCACAUUACUGAAUUCAUUGAAAUUCCCAUAGGUGUAUCAGAAGGUAUAAUUGAAAAUGACAGCCCUGAAACUUCUUUAAACAGUGUCUCAGAGCCUUUACCUCCAUGUGAGGGUGACUAUGAGGAAGAAGAUGAAGAAUGUGAUUAUGAAGAAGAGGAUUAUGACCUGAAUCAAGAAACUUCAGUACUUCAUAAAAUCAAUGGAACUGCGUGCCAUCCAAAAGACAUCUAUGCUACAGAUCAAGAAGGAAACUUUAAGUGUCCUGCUCUUGGCUGUGUUAGGAUAUUUAAAAAAAUUGGAUUUCUAAACACACAUGCUAGGACCGUACACCCAACUGAUUUAAAUGUGCGACAAACAGUAAUGAAAUGGAGCAGAGGAAAAUGCAAAUUUUGCCAAAGGCAGUUUGAAGAUUCUCAGCAUUUUAUCGAUCACCUAAAUAGACACAGCUAUCCAAAUGUGUACUUCUGUUUGCAUUUUAAUUGCAAUGAAUCCUUUAAGUUGCCAUUCCAGCUGGCCCAACACACCAAAAGUCACAGGAUAUUUCAAGCUCAGUGCAGUUUUCCAGAAUGCCAUGAGCUUUUUGAAGAUCUUCCUCUGCUCUAUGAACAUGAAGCCCAGCACUACUUAAGUAAAACACCAGAAUCAUCUGCACAGCCAAGCGAAGCAGUUCUUUUAGAUGUUUGUACAGACUCGAAUCCUGAUCAUCUGGAAACAGACUCAUUUAGUAAUGAGAAACAAACUGUUAAUCUGCCAGUUUCUACUAGCAAAUCAAGAAAAGAUUCUGCAGAACCAAAGACAUGUAUAGAAAAGAUGUGUUUGGAAAAGAAAACAGGAAGUUUAGUUCAGAACGGAAAUAAACAUUCUGAUGACAUUGUUUCAAAUAUAAGCUUAAUAGACCAAAAGAUGCCUGACACAGAGCCAAAUUCUGAAAAUAGUUGUAGUAUUAGUGAUUCGGUCAAUGGACACAGUGAAGUAGAACAAACAUCUUUAGUUUCAUCAGAUCCUGUUAUGAAAACUGAUAUAAACAGAAGGACAGAAAAUGGUUCUAUUUUGCCUAGUGUUGUAUCACAAGAAAGUAAUACCUUGCCAGUAUCUCAGGCACCGUCCAGACCAAAUCUUACAAGUGAACAUACUUCAUAUGGCUUAAUUUUAACAAAGCCAUAUGUCAGACCAUUGCCUCCCAGUUACCUUGAUGAGCGGUACCUUAGUAUGCCAAAACGCAGAAAAUUUCUGACAGAUAGAGUAGAUGCCAGUUCUGAUCAAGAUAACAUUUGUAAAAAGUCAGUAAAAAGAUUAAGAUGCGGCAAAUGCCUGACCACCUACUGUAAUGCAGAAGCACUUGAGGCUCACCUUGCACAAAAGAAAUGUCAGACACUCUUUGGAUUUGAUUCAGAUGAUGAAAGUGCCUGAUAAAAAUGUUUCAGAAAGAUCUGUCGAUCAAACAGUAGUGUGAAUAAAAGCACUACAAGAAAAUGCAUCAUCAGUUUGCUAUUUCCCUGAUGGCCUUAAUUUUAGAGCGGUCUCGGAUUACUAAAGAUAAAGACAAAGCACAUUUUCUAGAAUGAACUUGCAGAGGAGAUGUGCUGGCUAAGACUCCAAAAGGGUUAUAUAACUCCCAAAGUACCAGUUAUCCAGAAAACCACAUUUUUUAGAAGUGUAUGAUGAUUAAUAGCAGCAUGUUCAGUUUUGCUUGUGUGAAAACAUGUUUGGGCAACUAGUCAGAAAGGAAAACCAGCUGUGGCCUUAUAAAAAGGAAAAAGUUAACCCAUUAUAAACAAGGAGAUGAAAGGGGAGCUGGUUUACAAUAAUAAACAAUGUAAAGCAUUCUAUAUAUGCAGUUUGUUUUGCUGUCAUACAUAAUCAGGUUAUGUCCUCCCUUUUGGUCACACGUGUUUUAGGAAACGAUUGCUAUUUGGUUUGUGAUACGAAUUAGAAGCUGAUACAUAGAAAUAAAACUUAAUUUAUCACCAUGUUAUCUAUUGAAGAUCAUAUUUUCAGAUGAUAGGUCAGAACUCAAAGAAUGGCAUGGAAGCAUUGAAAAUUAACAGAACAAUGCUUUACUAAUAAGCUCUUGUUAAAAUCUUGCAUUUUGUAAUACAAAUACAAGUGUUUGUAACACAAAUGUUUGUAAUGCAUAUCAGUGACAUUUAAAAGGCAGCACUGUCAAAGUGGAAAGUACCAUCGGUAACUUUCUCAGGGUAUGGGAGGAACCUGAGACCAUUGUAGGCUGUAUAGUUGAAAGAAAACACUGAUUUGCAAAUUCUUCAAUGUGAAUAAUGGUUAAAGCACACUGGGAUGUUUCUUUUCCUAUAUAGUGUUAGGACAUUGCUUGGUGAUUCCUAGUAAGGUCCUUUAGACAUUAGUGUGAGUUAUCUAAGUACAGUCCUAUGAAAAUAACUGCUUAAAAAUGUCAACUAAAAAUCAGUAAUUCAUUUUAUUCAAUUAGAGUUAAUUCCAAAUUAAGCCAUGUUACUCUGCUUCUUAUUCAUUAGUGAUCAAUUUGGUCUGAGUGAACAUUUUUAUAUUAAAAAGGAAGUAUUUACACAAAACUGUGCACAGCAGGCACAUGAUGAGAUACAUUAAUGCAUUAUUUUCCUUGGUGACCAGUAAUUUUCCUAAGAAAGGUUUUAACUUAAUUAUUUAAACAGUAGGUAUUUUACAAAUUUUUAAAAAUCCUCUUGAAUGUUUUCCAUCUCCAUUAUGGAAAGGAGGAUAAAGAUCUCCUUUUACCUAACAGUAUAUUAAUUAUGUUAGUCUAAAAGAGGUAACAAAAAUGCAAAGGCAAAUUCUUUCGAAACAGACCUAUUAAUAUACUAAUGUCAACUGAAUAUUCCAGUUAUGCAAACGGAUAAAUUUUUGUUUAAAGCAGAGAAUCCCAUUACACUGUACUAUUGUAAAUUAUAGGAAUAUUAGAGCUUCUUCAAUGAGGUUACUUUUCUUUAGAAUCCAGAUUUUAUCAAAUUAUGACUUCCAGGACAUGGUGUAUCAGAUGAUAAAAUUCUUAAUUUUAUUAGUUUAUUUAUCAUGGAUAUUCACUACUAUGCAAUGAUUGUCAUAAAUCCAUUCCAGUAAAAUUUAAGUUUUUGUUUUGUUAUGUAGCCUAUAUUAGGCUGGAAUUUACAUAUAGCUAACAGAUAAGUAAACACAACUCAUAAUCAAGUUUUUAAAUAUUUUAAGGUCAAUUAAAGAAAAUGUUUUCCAUAUUUCCUGAUACUAAAAAUGUAAUAAGUGAGUUUUAACUCAGUUCAUCCUAAAAGUACAUCUUAUAACAAAAAGUCUGUUUGGAAUCUGGUUCAUUUGGACAAUGAAGUUUUUUUUUUUUUUUUUAAAUAUAAUUUCUGCUUUGUACAUGUUCCAGAAUUUUUUCCAGAAUUUUAAAGUAACAUUUUACCACACUUUAUUUCUUUACAAAUUGUAACUGUUGACAUAAAUCUGUUCCCACAAUUUAUUCUGAAGUUCAGUUAAGAUGUUUUAAACAUAUUCUACCUAUUACGUCCUUAAGUCUACUUUGAGGUUUUAUUUCUGCUUUUGUGUUGGUAGGAGAAAAUUUUCUGAAAGAUCAAACUGGUUUAUAUACAACUAAGUCAAAGAAUAUCAUAAAGUUCUAUUUGAUUACAUUGUUUUAGCCUCUUUAUAUACACUGAAAAUAGUGAAUAUUGAAAGAAUGUGUGAAUUUUGUUAAUGUCUGUCUUCUAAAACAUAAGCUUCUAUUAAUUCUUUUUAUGGCGUACAUGAACUUACAGUAGUUCUUAUCUGGGAUUCAAAAGAAAAGGAAGCUUUCUUUUUAUUCUCAGCUUCUUUUCUACUUUAAGGAUGUUUAUCUUAUAUGGAAAAAGUUGCAAAUUUUUGUUUUUAAAUAAAACUUUCCUUCAAAAAUUAAAUGCUAACCUUUUGCUAUGUGUAAGGUAAGAAAAGAGCAAAUCUGAAUUUUUGCUGCUCAGACAUUAUAGAGGAUGUAGAAAAGGGGAAUCUCUGUGGACAAGGACACUGGUACUUUGGGCUUUAGCCAUAUUCAUUAUUUUUAAAAAUUACCAGUUAUAUAAUGCAUACAUAAUUUAUAUCAUUGAACUUGUGAUUCCUUUCAAGUCACACUGAAGGUUCAGACAUACUCCUUUCACGUUCGGUCUAAUGUUGUAUGAAUGAAAAACCUAAAAGGGAUGAUAGUGUUUAUUUUUUAAUUUAUUUGGUACUGUAAAACAUCUUUUCAGAAUGAGUAAAUGCUGCGUAUGCAUUUUGAAAUUGUUAAUAUGUGAAAGAUAUUACAGAUUCAGCAAGAAAGGAAAUUUGUGCUUCCUUGUUGAAUAUUAAAUUAUUUUACUUUGCAUUUUAUAAGUACAAAUUAAAACUGAGCCAUUGAACUGCAAUAAAUCAACAAGUGUCUCAUUUCAAGAAAUUUUUGUACUGUACAUAGAUUUGUUCAAUAAAACAUUGUCCUUGUUGAUAAA